GCAUAAAACCAAUCAAAGUUGACAAGAAGCCUGGGAAAGCAGCAGCUAAGAUCCGUAUUGAAGAUGAUGGAAGUUACUUCCAAGUUGACCAGUGGCUGCAUCACAUCGGCAGAGAGUGUCCUGAUCACUCAGCAGAGCCAUGAAGAGCUCUGCAAAGUGUUAAAUGCCAAUAAGGCAUCCACUUCUUCCAAGAAACUGGUGGUGGUGUCUGUAUCUCCACAGUCUAGAGCUUCUUUAGCUGCAAGAUUCAAACUGACUCCCUUAGACACAGCCAAGAAGCUGACAGGCUUCUUAAAGAAUUUAGGGGUGCACUAUGUCUUUGACACAACUUUCUCCAGGAACUUCAGUUUGCUGGAGAGCCAGCGGGAAUUUGUGCAACGUUUCCGGAAACAAGCAGAAGAUAAGAAGGCUUUGCCCGUAUUAGCUGCUGCUUGCCCUGGUUGGAUCUGUUAUGCUGAAAAAACCCACGGGACUUUUAUCAUCCCAUAUAUCAGCACUACCAGAUCACCCCAGCAGAUCAUGGGCUCCCUGGUUAAGGACUACUUUGCCAAACAGCAGUGCCUGACACCAGACCAAAUUUACCAUGUAACUGUGAUGCCUUGCUAUGACAAAAAGCUAGAAGCUUCCAGGCCAGAUUUCUUCGUUCAAGAGCACCAAACUCGUGAGGUUGACUGUGUGAUUACCACAGGAGAAGUCUUAAAGUUGCUGGACCAGGAGGGAGUAUCCCUUCCUGAAGUGCAUCCUGUGCCUUUGGAUAGCAUGUUUGGCAACCUUUUAGAAGAACAGCUCUCUGGCCAUUCUGGAGGUGGCUCUGGGGGGUACUUGGAGCACACGUUCAAGUAUGCAGCAAAGGAGCUCUUUGGCAUUCCAGUAAAGGAACUUCACUACAAGACCCUGAAAAACAAGGAUUUUCAAGAGGUGACACUGGAGAAGGAUGGCCAGACUCUUCUGCACUUUGCCCUGGCGUAUGGAUUUCGGAACAUCCAGAACUUUGUGCAGAAACUGAAACGUGGAAAGUUGCCCUACCACUAUGUCGAGGUGAUGGCUUGUCCCUCAGGGUGCUUAAAUGGAGGGGGACAGAUCAGAGCAGAAGGUGAAUCCGGCAAGGAUCUGUUCCAUCAUGUGGAGAGACUGUACGAAAUGGUCCAUCCAGAAGACCCUGAGAUGAACAAAGCCAUCAGGGACCUCUACGACCAGUGGCUUGGUGGUCCCACUUCUGAGCAGGCUCAAAAGCACCUGCACACACAAUACCAUGCUGUGGAGAAAGCCAGCACAGGCUUUAGUAUUAAGUGGUAAAGUUGCUCAGCCAUGUGUUAUCUAGCAGAUUCCUUGCUGCUCCAGAUGAGGCUGAGAGAAGUUUCAUUCUUAAGCAGAUAGCAGUGACAUCAAAUAUUUGAAUUUUAAAAAAUUGUAAAGUGAGGAUCUGGCUUCAAAUCAGGCAACAGUGCUCCCCAAACCAAUUUCUUCUACCUCACCAGAUCUUAUACUGGACUGUGUAAUUCUUCCAUCAGUUUACCCCUUCUACAGCCUCACCACUUUAUUAUUUUUUUUCUCACUCCCACAGAAGGUUAGAAAGAAUUUAUAAAAGGAGCUCACCAUCUGGAUAACUCUGUGAAAGCAAAAUGGAACCAGACCAAAUUUGGCAUUCAGGGAGAAGGCACCAAAGGAAGAGUUUGAAAAUGGUUUGGGUCCCUGUGGGGGCUACGGAGAAAAAAGAACCCUGAAAACCUCCCCCCCCCCAUGCAUCUAGGUGGGCGGAGCAGUUGAAUGGCAGCUUGGAAUGCUGCCAGGUCCUCCAUUUUGGCUGCCCCCUCCUAGUCACAUGACCCAGGGUGGAGCACAUAGGUGCCCUUGGCCAACUGCACGCAAUGUAGGGAGAGCAGAAGCGCAUAAACCCGCCCUGAUUGGACUCUCAUACAUAUACAUAAUGGCUUUGUAUAUGCAUACUCGAGCUUGAUGAUGUCUCCGAGUGAUGCUUCAUCUUUACAAAGGCUACCCAAAAAUUGGCUGCCAUGUGGGUAAGAGGCUUUGUAUCGGAAAGCAAUAGCUUGAUAUCUGCCUGGGUGCUGGAGUUUUCUAUAAAAAGUAAGAGAGGUGCAGCACAGUGGAAUGGUUGCAUUGUUUCAGUCUCCCCAGCUUUAUGUGGGGAGUGAGCAUGCGCAACUAAGGGAAUUGCAGACACUGCACGAGAACAAAAGGGAGAAAAUAUGCUUAGGCCUAAAAAAUUCUUCAGUCUGGUGAAGGUGAAUAUAUUCAGGCUUGGAGACAGAUUGUGCGAUCCGCUCUGGGAUUCUAUUGACCUCACUCUGACAGUCCAUGUGAUUCAUUUAUUUUUAUGAGCAUUUGCACACUUCCUAUCGUCCAGAUUCUAGAUAGCUUACAUUUCGCCUUUGGAGAUAAACUUGAUUAGCCUGUUCCCAUCUGUUAAAAAGAUGCAGGCCCAUGUUAAAAUACUUUCUAAAUUUCUACAAAGUACUGAACUACUGCUCUGAGUGAGGGAUGUGGGUCGGAGGGUGUUCAGAAGACAAACCUGCCUUGUGGCUCAGGGCUUUCCUUUCUAACUCACGAUGUUUCCCCCCACCAGUCUGUGGCUCCUUUUGAAAUUGCUUAUGGACAGGAUGGUGAAGCUUCAGCCUAAGACCGGGAGCCCCAGGCUCAAAUCUGUCCUCAGCCAUGGAAGGUAGCUGGGGGGUUUGAGGUCAGUCUCGCCAAUCAUCUCAACCUACCAGAUAGGGUUAUUGUGGGAAAUUUUGGGGGAGCGAAUGGUACGUAUGCUUGCUUUGAGUUCCUGAAGGAAAGGCUGGAUUCAGUCCCAACAGAACAAACUUUUUAAAAGCUUCCUUUAAUUAAAAGUGAAGAACAAA